AUGGGUUCCUUCUGGGCCUCAAUUGCCAUGCUGGGUUUGAGCCUGCAGCCAGCCACGGCUCUUUGUCCAUAUGCAGCGCAGAUGGACGCUGGCGCUAAACAAACACCCAUGCCACAUCCCCCACAUCCUCAUGAACUCCGAGACGCACAUACGACGAAUGGCAAGAAAGGUGUCUUUUAUAUGAACCGCAUUGCCCCCGGCACGUCUGAGCUCUACAUCGCCAACGUCGAUGGAUCCAACGAGCGUCCUCUUCUGUCAAACCCUGUCUAUGAGUAUCACGCAUCCUUUUCGCCCGAUGGAAAAUGGAUUACUUUCACUAGUGAGCGAAACGGUGACGGUAACUCGGAUAUCUACCGUGUUGGGACGAAUGGGUCUGAUCUGGAGGAAUUGGUCUCAACCCCUGCCGUGGAAGAUUCAGUGGUCAUGUCCCCGAAUGGAAAAUACGUGGCCUAUGUGUCUACGAGCAUCGGAUAUAAAGCAAACAUCUGGGUGAAAGAGCUAGCGAGCGGCAAGAAAUGGAAUUUGACAGAUACCGCUUCGACUGCUGCCAAUGCAUCGUUGCCGAAUGGUUAUUUCCGUCCUUCUUGGUCGCCUGAUGGUGAAUGGCUUGCAUUCUCGUCGGAUCGUAAUUCGGGCUGGUAUGGACAUGGUGAUCCGACUUUCUUGGGUUUGAGUGGAUGGGAACAUACCCAAGAACUAUCCAUCUAUGCCAUCCGGCUUAAUGGAUUUGAUUUUCGCCAAAUUGCUACAAAGGCUGACUGGUCCUUGGGUUCUCCCACCUGGUCGCCCGAUGGCAAGAGAAUUCUCUUUUACGAAAUGACCCGCGAGAAUACCUGGAACUCACAUCGUCCCGAGUCCAUCAAUUCGGCAAACUCGACCUUGGUCUCUGUUGACUUUGCGACUGGCAAAGACCGCCGUGUCGAGGUGGAAGGGGCUGGCGUGAAGAUCUUUCCACAGUAUCUGUCCGACAAUAACAUUGCCUAUUUCUAUAAGGGUGGCACGCAAGAGGGAUUCCAUACCACGAGUGGUACGUAUGUGAACACAACCAGUGCAACCAUUCGAUCUCCAUCCUGGUCGCCGGAUGGCAAGCAAGUCGUCUAUGAAAAGACCAGCUGGACUAUUCGCCCUAUGGCUAAGAAGUUGUGGAGCUGGGAUUCUGACUGGGAUUAUCGCUUCACUGAUGUCUUCCCUCAGCCUUCCAACCAGAACAUGCUCGCCAUCACCCAGAAGCAACUUGGAAAUUCAUCUAUCGUCUCCAUGAACGCCAACGCAAGCAACGAGCACGUGGUGUACAAUGAUUUAAAGAGCGGCUUCCUCAGCUCCGCAAUGGUUUCUCAAGGACUAGCCGGUGCGUUCCAGCCCGCUUGGUCUACUGAUGGAGAAUGGCUCACAUUCGGAGUGGGCUUUUGGUUCCAAAGCCGCGCCGAGAGUGGUGGCUGGCUGGUACGCGCAACAGCAAACGGCUCGUACGCUGAGGUAUUGACCGAAAGCAAAUCAACCCUCACAGCCAACAGUUCCAUCAUCAACUCUGGCUUCCCCAGCUUCUCCCACGAUGGAAAGAAGAUUGUCUACCGAGUAUGGGGCACCAACUCCACUCUAGGCGAUAAAUCUCAGCUUGGUCUCCGCUUGUUAGAUCUACAAACCCGCAAGAUCACCGUCUUGACCACAGAGUGGGAUAACUUGCCAUUCUUCUCGCCGGAUGGCAGUCGUAUCGUUUUCACUCGCAAGACAAGCGCGACGAACUACGACGUGUGCACGAUGAAACCCGAUGGUACCGAUAUCAAGGUGCUGACCAGCAGUGGGGCGAAUGAUGCACAUGCUGUGUGGACCCAUGAUGGGCGUAUCAUGUAUUCUUCCGGCAUGUUUGGUUUCCAGUAUGAGUGUGCUUUGUAUGAUCAGACUUUUCAGCCCUAUGGGCAGAUUGUCGUUAUGGAUGCGGGUGGGUCUAACAAGCAGGUGCUUACCAACUCGAUUUGGGAGGACUCUAUGCCCCUGUUCGUGCCGAAUUCUGCGUUGCAUAACAGUCAUCUAUAA